GCAUAUAGUCUAGAGACAAAAUCACAUAAUCUACCAAAAAGCAGCAGUAAUUUAACCAAGGAUAGAUAAGUAAGAAAUCAAACCCAAGCCCUAGAGGUCCCGAGUCUCUCCCUCGAUCUCAACAAACACAGGGAGAGAAGAAGCAGUGCUUGCUGCUUUGUUUGUUUGUCUGUCUCAGUGGAGAUUGGAGAAACCAGAGAUGGAUGCGAUGAGGAAACAGCUGGAUGUGCUCAUGGGAGCAAAUCGAAACGGCGACGUAAGAGAGGUCAAUCGCAAGUACUACGAUCGUGAUGUUUGUCGCUUGUACUUGGUUGGCCUUUGCCCUCACGAGCUUUUCCAACUAACGAAAAUGGAUAUGGGACCAUGCCCGAAAGUCCAUUCACUGCAGCUGAGGAAGGAAUAUGAAGAAUCGACGGCGAAAGGUGUUGAUAACUAUGAGAUAGAGUUAGAGAAUGUUAUCGAUAAGCUCAUUGUCGAAUGCGAUAAGAAAAUCGGUAGAGCACUUAAGCGUCUUGAAGAUGAAGACGCCAAGGCUGCUAUUGCGAUUUCAGUCACUGAGGUUACACAGAAUGCUGAGGUAAGUGAGUUGUCGAAGCUGAUUAAAGAGAAACUGAAAGAAGUUGACAAAUAUGAUCUCGAAGGCAAAACAGAUUUUAAAAUUCAAGUUUUGGAAGAAGUGGAAAAACUCAGAACUGAAAGAGCAGAGAAGCAGUCUGCACUGCUUUUGGAGGCCUUCAAUAAAGACAGGGCUUCUUUACCUCAACCCAUGCUGACCCCCCCACCACCACCACCCAUGCCAUUACCUACUCCUGAUCCUCGCACCCAAGAGAUGAUAAAUGAGAAGCUGAAGAAAGCUGAGGAUCUUGGUGAGCAAGGAAUGGUAGAUGAAGCUCAAAAAGCAUUGGAAGAGGCUGAAGCACUUAAGAAGCUUCCUGCCAGGCAGGAACCUUCUGCAGAUUCCUCCAAGUAUACUGCUGCUGAUGUGCGCAUUACUGAUCAGAAGCUACGUGUUUGUGACAUUUGUGGAGCUUUUCUAAGUGUAUAUGACAGUGACCGACGUCUUGCAGAUCAUUUUGGAGGGAAGCUUCAUUUAGGCUAUAUGCAAAUUCGUGAGAAACUCACUGAGCUUCAGGAAAACAAGCAACGCAAGGUUGACCGGCACGAUGAUCAGAGAUCGAGAGAACGAAGUAGAGAUCGCGAUAGAGAACCAAGCAGGGAUCGAGAUCGGGGAGAUAGUCGUGACCGGGGGAGAGAGUAUGAUCGAAAAAGCAGAGACCGUGACAGGUAUAAUGACCGGGAUCGUGGAUAUGAUCGUGAACGUGACAGAGGUUCAGAGCGCUCCCGCAAUUAUGAUUCAAGAAGUCGUCGCAGAUCACGUUCUCGAUCUAGGGAACAUUCUAGGGAUUAUGAUCACCACAGGCGCUUUGAACGGUACUAAGAUUGUGUUGCUGAGCAGUUGGCUAUGGAAACUUGUGUUUGUUGCCUAGGUCAGUAAACUUGUGGUUUUGAAGCUUAUGUAUGAUUUUCUCUGUCGUUCUGAUACUUUUAGUGGAGUUUGACAGUUGUCUCCUAAUAUCGUGGAUACCAACUACUUCGUAGAUUUUCUUGACUUCUAUUUUUAAGAGGUAUGAGUUGAACUGUUUUCCAA